CAACAUAUGGUCCUUCAACCGGCAAAGAAAGAAGAAAAUACAGCAAGAGGCUUCAUGACGACGGCCACAGCGGAGGACAUAGGAACGUUAUUUGUGAGUCUGUUCCAUAUUAUCAUCAUAUCUCCGUCCUUUGGCCCUUUGUAUGAGACAAAUACUCGUUGUUAUAGUUUUUGUUUUUUUUUCUUGUUUACACCUAUUUAUCGCAUAGUCGGCGUGCGCGCAUUCAUCGCCCGUGCAUUCGAGGCGACCUUUGGACCCUUAAACUAUUUCAGCAUACCGUGCGCAACUUAUUUUUUUACAUAACAUAUUUCUUUUUCCCUUAUUAAAAUGAGUGAUGCACGAAGCAAAGAUUUAAUUAAGCUCAGAGGAUCAAUUAAAGGCAAAUUAACCAUUUUUCAAAAUUUCUUAAAUACUUUAGAAAGCAUAAUAAAUGUAAAUGAAAGUCAGUAUAACGAACUCGACUCCCGUUUAAAUAAAAUAGACUGUCUGCAUAAUGAUUUUGAUAAAUUUCAGACGGAGUUGGAAAUGUUGUCUGACGAUCCCAAUCAAUUAAUGUCGGAACGAGAAGAAUUUGAAAACAAAUACUUCGCAUUAGUAUCGACGGCACGCACAAUAAUGAACAAGUAUCAGCGCGACCGGCAGCGCGCGAUGUCAGUGUCCGAGUCGAGCGAUGGGGGAGUAGACAGAGAAGUGACGAGUCGCGACUUCGUUCGACUUCCCAAAAUUGUAAUCCCGGAAUUUUCAGGGAAGUUUAAAGAAUGGCUCAAUUUUAGAGACACAUACAUUUCAAUUAUACAUUCUUCAACUCAAUUAGGCGACAUUAACAAAUUCCACUAUUUAAAAUCUGCUCUCAAAGGCAGUGCUUUGCUUGUUAUCCAAAAUUUAGAAUUUACGGCAAAAAAUUAUGCUAUUGCCUGGCAAUUAUUAUCAAACAGAUACGACAAUGAACGUCUUUUAGUAAAUCAACAUAUGAACGACUUAUUAAAUACAGAGAUUAUUCAAAAAGAAUCCUGUCACGCCUUAAGAUCUUUAGUAGAUAACAUAAACACAAGUCUAUGCGCACUGAAUUCUCUCGGACAGCCCACCGAUCAUUGGGAUACUAUAGUCAUCCAUUUAAUGCUCCGUAAACUAGACAGUACCACAUUUCGCGAAUGGGAACAACAGAGAAAUGCAAUCACAACUUCGCCUACAUUAAAACAAUUUUUAGAUUUUUUGACCAAUCGAGCAGAUUUACUGGAAGCUAUACAACAACAAGAAUUUCAAAGACAUUUAACAACACAACAUUUACAACCAGUUCAACAUACACAACAUUCAUAUAUUUCAAAAGAUUCAAAUUUAAUUAAAACAAAUUACAAUGAAAAUAAAAGGACAAGUUGUCCAUUGUGCAAACAAAAACAUUUUUUAUUCAUUUGUGAAGACUUUAAAAAAUUAGAUGUAGAUUCACGAAUUGAAAAAGUAGAAAACUUUAAUAUCUGCAAAAAUUGUCUAAGACCAGGACAUCGUGAAAUUUUUUGCAAAUUAAGUCAUUGUAAAUACUGUACAAAAAUGCAUAACACUCUUUUACAUAAAGAUAUAGAAGUUUUUAACACGGUAGCCUUAUCUUCCAACAUAAAUACCGAUCAUAACAAGUCCCUCAUACUGCUUUCCACAGCUUUGGUGAACGUUGUCGCGGUCGACGGGAAGCUGCAUCCCGCGCGACUCUUGCUUGAUAACGCAUCCACUGCGCACUUCGUGACGCGUCACCUAUGUGACAAGCUCGGCUUAAUGCGGCGUCACGUAACCUCAUCUGUGACAGUCAAAGCCUUGCACAUCGAACUCGUCACGGAUCUGACGACAGAGGCUUUCUUGGCAGCCUUUUUUCGCUUUACUUCUCGCCGAGGACUGCCAGCUACAGUAACGUCAGACAACAUGACCACCUUUGUCGGAGCUGCUAAUGAGGUCGACAUCUUCUUUAAAACCUAUUCUAAGGACAUUCAGUCUGAAUUAGGUAACCGGGGCAUUGAGUUUCAAACAAUUCCUCCCUAUUCCCCUCACUUUGGAGGAUUAUGGGAGGCAGCUGUCAAAUCUAUCAAGUACCAUCUAAAACGAGUCUUAAGUUUGACCCACUUAACCUUCGAGGAAAUGUCGACUUGUCUCGUCCAAAUAGAGGCCGUCCUAAAUUCUCGUCCGCUAACUCCCUUGUCCACAGAUCCCGCUGACCUCUCCUGCCUUACACCUGCUCAUUUCCUCAUUGGACGCUCACUCUUAACCGUACCGCGUCCUCCAAUUGGCGAUGUUAAAAUAAACUGCCUCGAUCGGUACCAAAGAGUACAGAAGUUAAAGGAGCAUUUUUGGGACAGAUUUUCACUUGAUUACGUUCAUCUCCUGCAACAACGCGUCAAGUGGCGUGCACCUUCUACAAACUUACCUCUUGACACCCUUGUACUAGUACGCGAGAGAAACCAGCCUCCUCUACUCUGGUGCCUAGGUCGAGUGGUCGGCGUACAUCCAGGACGCGACGGCGUCACUCGAGUGGCAGAUAUCAAGACUAGAAAGGGAGUUAUUCGGAGGGCUUUUAAUAACAUAUGUCCUUUGCCUUCAGUUUGCACUCAGACCUAGAAGUCAAGCAGCUAUGUU